CAAGGACCGGAGAGUCUUUGGUUUUAUAAAUUUCCCUUCAGCUCCGUCCCCGCCUCCGCCUCCGCCGCCGCCAGCCGUUCUCGAGGCGAUCUUGUUCGUUCGCACUUGUCAUGCCAAGUGAUGCUGGGAUUAUUGCGCAAGGGCUUUGAGCAAUUCGUGGCUGGUUUCUGCCUAAUGCGAUGAGAUUAAAAUCAUGGGAGCAUGUUGCGUUAAAGCACACAAUAAACUACUACUAGAAUUGCACUUUUGUAUUAUUCUCCUGCAAAAUAAUACUACUAUUUUCUAGCUACGUACUGUGUCUAUUUGAUUGCGUGGUGAAUUAUACCCUUCUUUCAAGAACAACAACACUACAUAUUUAGUUUGAUGUAAGCUCUUGCCUUCGAGCCGCAACUGGUUUGCACCGUGUGACUUGUGACUGAGUCGCACACUCACUGUGUGCCCUGUUCCUAAGUGAAAUGCAUACCGUUUGUGUCAAGAGUUCUUGGCAACGACAAUUUGGAGAUAACUCAGGUAAGGUGCAACUUCCUGGUUCCUAUUGAACUCCGGUGCUCUUAAUAUAAUUUGAUUCACCGUGACUGUAAAAUGUCCGUUGCUUGUGAAGCAACUACAUUCUCCUACGAGUUUGGCAAGAUAAAAUUCUCCUAAACCUUUGAUACGUGUACGAGUGUAUCUUUCCACAGAUGCCACGUCCAGUGCUUUCCUACGAUGCUCCGGUUGCAUGCGUGUGCCUCGUUUGUUGCAAGCGAGAUGCCACGUUAGGGGGCACGCGUCCGAGAUGUUGGUACGAGCCACAGAGAUAAACCCACAUUCUCAGCGAGGUCGCUCGUCUACCUGAGGUUUCCGAACUUCUCAAGUUGGCGAUGUCCUCCAGCGAUCAGAACCCAGCACCAACGCCGGCGUGCGGCACCGGCACGUCGGUGCCGCCGCCGGGCAAGGCCACGACGGUGUCCUCCCAGUUGCUCGACAUGGGUGCGCAAGCCGUGCAGGCGUUGAAGCCGGUGCACCAGAUGAAGCAGCACGCGUGCAGCUUCGCGCUGUACGCGCACGACCUGGGACGCCAGGUCGAGGUCCACCACUUCGUCUCCCGCCUCAACCAGGACGUCCUCCAGUGCGCCGUCUACGACUCCGACAGGCCCUCGGCCCGCCUCAUCGGCGUGGAGUACAUCGUGACGGACGCCAUCUUCGAGAGCCUGCCGCCGGAGGAGCAGAAGCUGUGGCACUCGCACGCGUACGAGGUGAAGGCCGGGCUGUGGACGGACGUCGGCGUGCCGGAGGCGCUGCAGAGCUCGGAGAUGGCGAGGAUGGCGAAGACGUACGGCAAGCUUUGGUGCACAUGGCAGGUGGACCGCGGUGACGCGCUGCCCCUCGGCGCCCCGGCGCUGAUGGUGUCGCCGCAGGCAGCGGAACCGGGGCGGGUGCGCGCGGAGCUCGUGCGCGGCCGCGACGAGAGGUACAGGAUCGACAGCUCGGCGCAGGGGCUGAAGGGGGCGAGGGUUGAGAUGGACGAGCCGGAGUGGAUCAACCCGAACGCCGACUACUGGCGCGUGCACGGCAAGGGGUUCGCCGUGGACGUCGCCGCCACGGAGAUGAAGCGCCACGCACCCUUCCCGUGAGAAUUAAUGAGAGGAAUGCGCGCUUGUUUUGCCGCUGUACUAGAAGGAUUACUAGUCACGUAUCCGCUGCACACGUGAUUGGCAACGGCAACUCUACAUGUCAUGUGAAACGAAAAAGUCUGGAUGAAAUGUCCGUCGUGUAUC